AUGAAAAAUGCAAAAAAUAAAUAUAUUAUGAGACAAAAUAGUUUAACUCGAGAGCAAGAAGAAGCUUUAAUGAACUUCUCAGCAAUUACUGAAUGUUGGGAUUCUACCAUUGCUAUGAACUUUUUGUUGAAGAACAAUUGAGACUUGAUGGCAGCUUCAAACGAUUUUAUUUCUCUUUCUACAGUUCCUCAGCCUAUUCCAGCGAAACCUCAUAUUGCAAGUCCUCAGCCAAAACAAAGCCCAGUUCCUCGAGAAAUACCAGAAAGCUCUCCUUCUCCUAAUAAAUCCUGAAGAUCAGCGAUUAAAGAAAAGGCCAAAUAUCUGUCAUCAAGCAUUAAAUCAUAUGUCUGAAAUGUAUGAAACCAAGGUAUGCCUGUGGGCAUUCGUGGAGAAGAAUCAUCAAGUGCACGAGCAUUUGUUUCUAUAAUCAAAUCCUUUAACACGACUCAUCCUCCACCUUUCAGUCUUAAACACUUGCCUGAUAUAUUAACUGAAGCAAUGGUGACUUCUAAGCCUUUAUUUCUAUUUAUCAACUCUUCUAAUAUUGAAAAGAAAUAUUUAUCCGAUAUCAUUUGUCACGAAAUCGCUACUGCUUAUAUAUCAGAAAGCUAUUUAGCUUGGGGAGUCAAUCAGAAUUCAGCUGAUGGCGAGAUGGUUACACAGAUGCUAAAUUUAACAAAUUUUCCGUGCUGUAUUAUUGUACGGGUUUAUGAUGUAGCGAUGCCAAUUGUAAUUGAGAGAUUGGAAGGGAUUGUAACGCUUCAGCAGUACCUAGACUUUUUGGACAGAAAUAUGAGUCCAAUUGCAGCGGAUGUUGAAAUCCCAUCUAUUGAUCCAGUUUUAUACCAAGAAAGAAUUAUUAGGGAGCAGCAAGACCAAGAGCUACGAGAAGCUGAAGCAUUGGUCAGAGAAAGGUAUAAAUCUGAAGAAAUUAAAAGAAAUCUGCAAAAAAAGAAAGAAGAAGAAGAGAGGCAAAAGAAGGUUGAAGAGGAAGAAGAAAGGUCAAGAAAGUUAGAUCGAAUAGGAGAAGAGCCAGAGCUAGGGCCUGAUAUUUCUCAGAUCUCAAUUCGACUGCCUGAUGGAAAAAAGGCUGAGAGAAGAUUCCACAAAAGUACACAAGUCGGGGUUUUAUAUGAGUACAUUGAAACUCUUGGAGUAAAGGAUUUUGAAAUAGUUGCAGGGUUCCCAUCAAAGAUAUUAGAUGAUAAAUCAGCUUCUUUAGAAACUUCAGGCUUGUUUCCAAAAGCCCUUGUGCACAUACGAGAAACUUCGCUAUUGUAG